UUGAUUCUCUCUGAAAACACUUAUCGUCGCAAACGAUUUUCCGAAUAAGAUAAUUAAUACAGCAAGAACAGUUGUAAUCUUGUGAAACAUCCCGAGGUCAGCGAGGUGCAGGUGUUCCUCUAUACGUCUGCGUAUUCCUCUCAAUGUGCUCCUGGCUUACGGGACUCAAUUCUCAACUUCACGUUAAAUCUUUUCAUCAACUAGGGUUUGCAGUUUCAGAAUUAUUGGCCCCCGUUGAGCUCUGAAUUUUCACGUACGAAGUAUGUACCGGAGUGUGGCUUCGGCCACUCCCCGGGGCGGGAUACCUACGGACAGCGGAGAGUAUGUGGUGCGUCUUGAUCAAGUUCCGUGUUGGAGCGACACGGAACAGAGGUCUGCUUUAGGGUAUGACAAUGAGGAUCCUUCCUAUCCUAGUUGGUACUUUUCAGAUCCUCUAACGUCUUCUUCCGGAGCAGAGAAUGGUUCUAGUUCCAGUGGGAUAGUCUCAAGGUUUCCUGUGAACCAUGAAAUCAACUCCAAGAUAUAUCUUUGGCGGGGAGAUCCUUGGAAUCUUGAGGUAGAUGCAGUGGUCAAUUCCACCAACGAGAGUUUGGAUGAAGCACACAGCAGCCCUGGCUUGCAUGCUGCAGCUGGACCUGGUCUUGUGGAAGAAUGUGCAACACUGGGUGGAUGCCGUACGGGAAUGGCAAAAGUUACCAAUGCAUAUGAUCUUCCUGCUCGGAAGGUUAUUCAUACUGUCGGUCCAAAGUAUGCAGUCAAAUAUCAUACUGCUGCAGAGAAUGCUCUCAGUCAUUGCUACCGCUCAUGCCUUGAGCUUCUCAUUGAGAAUGGACUUCAGAGCAUUGCAAUGGGUUGUAUAUAUACAGAGGCUAAAAAUUAUCCUCGUGAACCAGCUGCACAUGUGGCAAUAAGGACUGUAAGACGGUUUCUGGAGAAGCAGACAGAUAAAAUAACAGCCGUAGUUUUCUGUACUUCCACAUCAUCUGAUACUGAAAUAUAUAAGAGACUACUUCCACUUUACUUCCCCCGGGAUAAACAUGAGGAAGAAGUUGCAGUGUCGAAGCUUCCUGCGGAUGUUGGGGAUGAGAAUGGUGAGACAAUAUUAGAUGAACGGAAAAUCAGAAUCAAACCUUUGCCUGCUGUAACUAGUACAGCUCCUAAACCCCCCAUGGAUGUUGCAGAUCUUCCUGUCAGUGGUGUUGGAUUGACAAUGAGACGGUCAGUGGAACUCCGUAUCUUUUAUUAUCAUCUUUUAGUAAGAUAGUUGGUGAGGAAUUAA